AUGGCCCAAUCGUCGCCUCGACCAUCUCUUGAUGGCCACAGCCAUGCCUCUACGCCCUUUUUCCACACUCUGACACAACGUCUACGGAAAAGCUCAAAUGCCAGCUCCUACAGCUCAGAUCCCACAUCUCCAUCUCCGACUGACCCGACAUCAAGGACAGAGGCCACUCGAGCCGCCCGGCGGAUGGUCCUGUCUAUGGUGCAAGACGACUGGGAAUGGCCUCCGCCUCCGUCGCCUACACCCAUUGUCAAUGAUGGCGGCAGAUCCCCCAUCCCUCACCGGGAACCUCUCACGUACCGCUUACGGGAAGAGGCCCAAUCCGACCUGGAACUUGAAGAGUUGGCCUCCCGGCGUCGCGCGAGAAGCGACCCGUACAAGUUUGAAAGCCCUGAGGCCGUGGGGGCAGUGAUUGCUGAGCGCAGGAGAAAACGCAGAAAGAUGCAAGAGGACGAAAUGUGUUGGAACGAGGGGUUGAGGACUUGGAUUGAGAGGCGUGACGCCUGGACGGGAGCCCUGCAACAGAAACCGAACAGUACCAAACCGACCGAACGACGGCCAUCAUCGGCAACGAAAAGAGCUUCAUAUAAGUCUCGCCUCUCCCAAGUCUUUACGGGGCACAAGGGUGACCUGCCCAAUUCUACGGAUGGGGGUUCAACAAGCUGGCCAGGGUCACCGGCGUCACCUACGCCAGAGUCCUCGAGCGCAGAUAGUGUCGAGGCCGCAUCGGCAACACGAACCACCACCAAUACCACCGCGGAGCCUCUCUCACCUUCCUCAACGUCCCAACCACCGUUGUCGCCGCUAACGACUUCGCCAACGUCCACGGAACCUGGUCCAUGGAUUCCCAUCUAUCCGCCCAUACUUCCGCAGGACAAUAUCAUUCGAGAGCGCAUAAAACCCUCGGCAUACCCUACCAUCUACUCGAAAAUUGUGGUCCAAGGCCUCACACCCAACGUGCCCAUUCCUCUAUGUCACAUGAUCCCCGCCUUGGUGGAAGGCUGGAAGUCCGAAGGAAACUGGCCGCCUCAACCUAGUGCCACCCUCGCGCAGGAUUUGAAGAAGGGGAGGAAGAGUAGCACGUUUGCCAAGUGGAGAAAAGAACAUUCUGACGAUCAGCAGAAUGCUCAGGAUUCUCCACACCAUCAUCAUCACUUUCUCCACCACGGUCAUCAUGGUGGCGGCGGCGGCGGCGGAGAAGUGGCCGCAGCGAUUGUAAGCGGACCCAAGGAUCACCAGAAUGCGUAUGAUGAUGGCGGGCGAGGCCACAGAGUGCGAAGAAGCAUCGGCAUGAUGCGGAGGGUGGGGUCGUUACUGGGAGGGUCCAUGAGCAGCGACGGCCUCGAUGAGUUGGGAAUCGAGUUCCGCGACCAGGACGAGGAGGAGAUAGGCCGAAAUGUUGCGUUGAAUAGAGGGUUGGCUCAUCGUUGA